GAGGUGGGGUAAGGCCGCGGCCCCACUCCUGGCGCUGUAAACGAUUGUCCGUCCGUGCCCGGCUCGCCGCAGCGCCGGAGCCAGAGGCACAGGCCGCAUUUCUCAGCUGGAGGAGGCAGGAGAGGGUAAAGUCCGUGUCGUGUCCUGGCUGUUUCACCAAGUCCCGGCUGUGCUCCUGGGAGGCAUUUUAAAGAUGGGGAAGAAAGGGAUAAAAAUAACCCUGUUACGUAAAGCAGGCAUGUACAAAAUCGGAUCAGGAGACGAGACAUUCCCAUGCACUUACUUUUAGUGCCAGUCAGCGGGCACGGAUAUUAAACAGCCAAUGCAACUCGGAGAACCUGACAGUGAAAGUGGCUGUGUAAACUACAGACUUCAUGCCAGUUUACUGGCUCAUCUGAAAGGAAUGCAACAAGGAAAAAGAUUAGUGAUAAGUGUUGUCAGUUUUAAUCUACCAUUGUAUUAGCAACAGAGAUGGGAACUGUAUUUGCCCUUUUCCAGUCUUCUGGAAUCUCUCCCGUCUUCCAUGACUUUUCAAAGAUAAUCGCUAAUGGCUCAAAUAUCUCAUCAGUCAGCUCCUUGAGUAUUCUAGGAUGCAUUUCAUCAGGCCCUGGUGACUUGAAGACAUCUAAUUUAUCCAAGAAAAGAAAAUGACUUCUGCUGAGAUGCUACCAUCAAGUACCAACACGGAGAAAAUCAAAUCUGUUCAACUGCCUUCCUGUGCAAAUCCUGGCAAUCCUGUGUUUUCCUGUAUGUUGGACCCAAAGACACUCACUACCAACAAUUUCUUGACAAACCCUCAGCUUUUACUGUUUAAAACAACUUCAAGUGAAUAUGGUGCUAUACCACCUACCUCCCAAAUGGUACCGUGUACCUACCAUCCACAAGAUGAAACAUUUACAAAACAUUUGUUAAUUUGUGGUUUGACUCAACAUAACUAUAUAAACACUGCCAUUGACAGAAGUAGGGUAUAUGACUACCCAAAUAUGCAGCAUACUCUGUAAAAUUGUACUAUCUUACUUUUCUCACGUAUUUACUGAAAUACUACUCAUUUUAGUUUUGGGAAAACAAAAUGGAGGGCUGUUAUUUUUGUUGUCCAUUUUGGGAGUAAAGUGGCAAUACGUAUUACAGUAAAACACUUUUUUGAUCCUUGUAGUAAACAGGAUUUUAAGUGAGUAUUUGUUAAUACAUUUCUGUGCAUCAACCCAUACAUGAAUAAAGUAUCUCUCUUUAAAUGAA